UUUCGCAUCUCCCAUCCUACUCCUCUAAAACCCUAAUAUUUUCUCUUCUAGGGUUUUUGUAGUUGCUCUUACUGCAGCAGCUACUUAAAGUCCGGCCUCCUCCUUUCCCUUCACCAAGAACCCUAAUUUGAUUUAUUUUUCUCUUCGAUUCUUCUCAUGGGGAAAUCAGCCAAGAAGUCUGCCUCCAAGGUUGAGUCCGCUCCUGCUGUUGUCGCCCAGCCGACGAAAUCAAUGAAAAAAGGCAAGAGAGACGCAGAGGAGAUUAUUGAGAAGAAGGUAGUGAGUAGUAAGAAGCAGAAGAUAGUCAAUGGUGGUGUAGCCCAGGCUGUUGAGAAAAAGAAGGUCGAGACAAAGACCCAGAAGAAGAACGCCAAGAAAGAGGAAAGCAGUUCCUCUGAAGAAAGCAGCUCAGAGUCUGAGGAAGAGCAGAAGAAGGUUGUUGCAUCAAAGAAAGCAGCCCCUGUGGUUAAAAAGCCUGUCAAGGAGUCUAGCAGCGAUGAGUCUGACUCUUCCUCUGAUGAAGAGCCUAAACCUUCUAAGAAACAGUCUGUUUCCACCGCCAAAAAUGGAUCGCUUGGUAAACCUGUUAAUAAGGCUAAGUUGCCUGAGAGUUCGGAUGAAUCUGAAUCUUCGGAUGAUAGUGAUUCCUCAGACGAUGAAGAGGAAACAAAGGUCAAGGGAGCUGCUGAUUUGAAACAGAAGCCUGCUGCUGUGGCCAAGAAUGGUGCUGUUGCAGCUUCUAAGAAGGAUGAAUCAAGUGAUGAGUCUGAAUCAGAAGAUGACAGUUCAGAAGAUGAAGCCCCAAAGAAGCAGCCUGCCAAAAAUGGAGCUGUCGUGGCCCCUGCUAAGAAAGUAGAGAGUUCUGAAGAUUCUAGUUCUGAAGAGAGUGAUUCUGAUGAAGAAGAGGUUAAAGCCGCACCUGCAAAAAAACCUGCUGCAAUUGCUGCUGCAACCAAGAAGCCUGAAUCUGAUGAUGAAAGCUCAGAAGAGAGUUCUGAUGAAGAGGAACCUCAAAAGAAAAAGAUUAAGCCAUCUGACACCAAAGCUGCUGCAAAACCAACCCCAAAAGCUGAAGAAGAGGAUAGCAGUGAUUCUGAGGAAAGUUCUGAUGAAGAGCCAGCAAAGCCACAAGCUGUGAAAAAGCCUGCACAAGCUGCAAAGAAAGCUAGCAGUUCUGAUGAGGAUUCAGAAGAAGAUGAUGAAGAAGAUGAUAGUUCUGAUGAGGAUGAAGCACCUGCCAAAACCAAUAAGAAAAGUGAUACUGAUGUGGAAAUGGUUGAUGCUCCAUCAGCAAAGAAAGCGCCUCAGACCCCAAUGACUCCUCAAGCUACCGGAACUAAAACUUUGUUUAUGGGCAAUUUAAGUUUCUCUAUCGAGGAAGCUGAUGUAAUUAAUUUCUUCAAAGAUGCUGGUGAAGUUGUUGAAGUCCGCUUUUCCAUGAGAGAUGACCGCUUUGCAGGUUAUGGACAUGUUGAAUUUGCCACCCCUGAUGCAGCACAAGAAGCUCUCAAGCUUAAUGGGGAAUCGUUACUUGAUCGUCCUGUUAAACUUGACUUGGCAAAGGAAAGAGGUGCAUACACUCCAGGCAGCGGCAACGAAAGGUCUUUCCAAAAGAGUGGUGGCCAGGCUCUAACUGCAUUUGUGAGGGGAUUUAGUGCUGAUGAUAGUUUUGACAAUCUAAGGAGUACCCUUGGGGAGCACUUUGGACAAUGUGGUGAGAUUUCACGGAUGUCGAUUCCAAAAGAUUAUGAAUCUGGGGGUCCUAAAGGGGUUGCUUUCAUAGAUUUUGCCGACCGUAAUGCCCUUAACAAAGCUUUGGAACUUAGCGGAACUGAUGUUGGAGGAGGCACCAUAAUCGUAGAGGAAGCCAAGCCCAGAGGUGACAGAGAUGGUGGAUUUAGCGGUGGACGUGGUGGAGGCCGUGGCUUUGAUGGCGGUAGGAGCGGCGGAAGAGGAGGUAGAUUUGGCGGCAGAGAUGGUGGAUUUAGCGGUGGACGUGGUGGCAGGUUUAGUGGAGGCCGUGGCGGCAGAGAUGGUGGCCGUGGAGGACGUGGCGGCAGAGGUCGUGGACCUAACAGGCCAAGCAUGGCAACACCUGGUACAGGAAGGAAGACAACAUUUGGUGAUGAUUAAGCAUGGGAGCUGUUGUAACCUGGUUGCUUGUUUUUAGGGUUUGUGAUGACAACAUUUUUAUGGGUUCUUUUUAUUUCAUGGAUGAUAUGAUAGACAUGAUGAGAUUUUGGGUUAUUAUGUAGUAGUUUUGACUUUCCCCUAAAGCUAGUUUGAUAAUAUGUAAUAUUUUUGAUAAGUUUAUUUCAAUUAAAGCUGUUCUCUUCUCCAU